AUGUCUUCAACAGCUGCUGUGCCUCCUCCUCCUACCUCGCAUGCUCGUUACACUCCGUCCUCCUCUGCACCAUCAUCCAAUCAAGCCGAUCACCACGACGAACAUCAUCAAUCUGAAGAUCCCAACACACAAUUAGUAUCGCGGAGUGAUGUCGCUUUCAUUGUCUUGCAAUAUUUGCGAGAAGAGAAUUUUACAGAGAGUUAUGAGGCUUUCAAGAGAGAAUCCAAAGAAAUAUUGGCUGACUUUGAUACGAAUUCUCAGUUGAAAGGUUUGAGCAAAAUCCUCACUGAAUAUAUACAGCUCUCUAAUUUACAACAACAAAAUGCAUACAAACAAGCUCUCGUUCAAUCCAUUUGUAAAGAUGUAAAGAAACAACAGACUGUGAGUCACUUGCUGGAAGCCAUGACCAGUUUAUUAGAAAGUGUUUCCAACGAACAAUUUAAUGUAUAUCAUGAGUAUCCAUCACAACAAACCACAAGUCAUCAUCAUCACUAUUAUACGUGUCUACCCAAUCAAAGUGAUGAUAUCACUUCCACCACUACUACUACUACUACUCAAUUUACACAAGUCUCUUCUGCCAACAACAACAACACCACCACAUCUUCAUCCUCAGGCAUGACACUUUCUUGUACAACACCUUCCAUUUCUCCCUCUGCAGCAAGUACAUCUACCGUGAUUCCCACUCAUGCCAUUAGUGGUGCUUUAUCACCUCAUUCACAUUCUUCUCAUUCUUCGUCGACGAAUCAUUCAGUAGCUUCAGGUGUGUCAGCAGCUUCUGUUGCAUCUCAAGUGACUGUCACAAGUCAAAAGCAGAGCAAACAAAAGAAGACUUCAUCGACAACAACGAAUGGAACAAAGACAAAGAAACAGUCAAAAACGAGUAAGGCUGUAGAAAAAAAGAAGGCAUCUUCUUCCACAACAUGUCAUCCACCUACUUUUCCACCUCCUCUUUAUCCACCUCCUCCAAUCAAUGCAUGUUUCCCAUUUCCAAUGUAUCCACCAACUGUAGUUCCUUUUAGCACCACAGUUCCAAUUACACUUCCAGAUCCUAUUGAAACUCCACCUUCGACAACUUCUUCGACACCUGCCUCCACGAAUUACUCAUCUUCAGAUCAAAAAGAGAACAAUGGAAACAUGGAGAUUACUCCUUCGUCAUCUUCUCCCAAGACACCUCGUCACAAAGGCCAAUCAACAGCUUCACCAACGACCAUGCAGAAAAUAUUUGGCAGCAUUCCAAAUAGCACGUCGACAGCUGAACCAAAUUUCUCAGCUGAUGAUUUUUUCAAUUCACCAUCCUUCUUUUUCCAAUCUCCACUUCAUGCCAAAAAUUUAACAACUGGCAAACGCAAACGAGAAAGAUUUGAAAUCGAAGACAAUACUGGCCUGUGUGUAACACUAUUUGAAGACAACACAAAGGCAGACAAAGAUCAUUCAGAUGUUGAUGCAUUCUUGUCCACUCUCAAAUACGACUAA